UGUGACGUUCGCUAGAUGGCAGUACCUUUCUGGCCAUUAAGUCGCGAGGACAGAUUAUUUUCUGGCUUUACGUGUCUGUUUUCAGUAUUUACUUCCGCCAAUAAAAAUGGCAGCUUUGUAGCUCUUCGUGUUGUGUUUUUGUGUUGUCUUAAGUGCUUACAAAAACUCAGUUCCUCCAGAAUGCAGAACGCUACAGUGGGUCGUCCUCUAUUUGGAGGGGCCCUGUCAGCCACCAUUCCGCACAGUGCCAAAGACAUCAGUGAGUUGAGGGAGAUUCCAGACAACCAGGAGGUUUUUGCCCACGACCACAAUGACCAGAGCAUCAUUGUGGAACUACUCGAGUUACAGAGCCAUGUCCAGAAUGGAGACGCUGCUAGGUACCACUUUGAGGAUGUAGCAGGGAGCAACAAGGCAUCGGCCAAAGGGACAUCAGAGGUCAGGGCUGUGGUGGCCUUGCCCAAGUCAGACCUCUCCCUGGAGGAGUGCAGCUCUGCCUUUCUGCUCACUGGAACACAGUGUGUGGCCAAGUUCAAUGAGGAAGCCAAAAAUACAGUGACCAUUCACCUUGGCCUGUUCCGACUACCACAGUUCUCUACGGAUGUUCUAGUGACCUUCAACGACCCCCUCAGCAUAAGCCCUGGCAGCAGCAGUGCAGUGGGGAUGGGAGGAGAGCAGCAGGAGGACACAGAGCCAUGGACGCUACAGGACUUCCAGCGUUUACUGCAGUCUCUCAGACUACACGACCCAGGCGUGUUUGGGUAGAAGAGGGCUUCAGGUCCAGCCCACCACACCGCUUCAACAGACAUUGCCAUUACACUCAUCUCCAAUCUUUUUGUUCUCUCAGACGGACAUAAUGUAAUAAAUAUACUGGUCACAGUAAAAACCACUCAAGAUUGCACUUUGGUUUUGUUUGUCUUCUCAUGGUAUCAUUUGUGUUUACUUAAAUUGUAUGAACUUAGCUUAAGCUGAACAAAAAUAUAAAUGCAACAUGUAAAGUGUUGGUCCCAUGUUUCAUGAGCUGAAAUAAAAGAUCCCAGAAAUGUUCCAUA